AUGUUGGAGAGCGCAAGCAGACUGCCCGUGUCCUUGCCUGGCGAGAUCAACGCGGCUACUCGCACUUCGCACACCAACCUCAACCGCCUCAUAACAAGCCGCCUUUCCCUAGGCCUGCCACCACACACCGCCGACUCGACCCACUACGCAACCGGUCUGCUGCAUUUUGCGCACAUAUACCUCACCUUCGAGAGCCUCUGGGCGGACCUGAUACACAAUCACACACGGCCUACCUCUCCGGCCGACUCCACAAUCGACCCCUGCACACAUCACCCCACCACAUCACCCCUUCUGUCCUACCUCCUAGUAAACCCCUACGACUCGCCUUCUCUCUUCACCUCCACCCUCGGCGCGCCAACACCACCAUCGCCACAACUCGCCUCGUUUCUCGCCACACUGCGCCCUCGAGGCUUACCACGCUCGGGCCGGCUGAAGAGGGAUCUCGGCUAUCUUCUCCAUCUGCAGUCCACAGACCUUGAAGUGUUACUAGCCAAGUACCCUGGAGACAAGGUUGCCUCGUUCUGCGCGCACAUACGCAAGAGCGUGCACGAGAAGCCGUGGACGCUAGUCGCCUAUGCGUGGUGCUUCUACAUGGCCAUAUUUUCCGGUGGAAGGUGGAUUAGGGCUGGAUUGCUAAGAGCUGGUGAUGCAUUUUGGCCUGCAAGGACUGAAGGCGGCGACGAUAUGGGGCUUGAGGAGUUUGGCUUGUCGUUUUGGCAUUUUUCUGGCCUCCAUGACGGCGAAGAUACAAAGGCAGAAUUCAAGGUCAGACUCGAGGCCGCGGAGACACUGUUUACUGCUGAUGAGAGGGUGGAUAUCAUUGAAGAGGCGAAGAAUAUUUUCAUGCUUUGCGCCGGGAUUGUUCACGAGCUGGAUGAUUUGAUUGGAUCAGCUAACGCUGCCACAACCCAGAUAGAGGAACCGUCUCCACGGGUUUUCGAGAAGACGCCGAGCAGGAAGCAAGUCUGUAAUGAGCGCCCUGCUGAGCAUAGGCAUACGUCCAGCGCCAUCAAAUCGAUUGCUGCUCUGCUGCGGCGUCCGGAAAUCACGAGCAGUCUGGUCGCGUUAGGCUGCCUGGUCUUUGUAGCCUUGUUGCCAACAUUGGAUGUUCGUUUGUUACAGGAUUGGUAA